AUGGGCUCCGAGGGCCCUAGAGGAGCUGGACCUGGGCCCGUCUGUGAGGAAGGGCUGGAGGCCUCCAGACCCCAGUGUGAGGAGUGGGCCGGGCGGGCUGCGGGGGACGAGGCUGGCACGGGGGCGCCCCCCAGGCCCUUGCAGGCGCUGCGCGCGGUCCGCCGGCCCCUCCCUGCGCGCUGGCCUCGGCCCCCGCCCCAGCUCCUCCCGCUCCUCCCUCCCGCUCCUCCACGCUCGCCGUCGCCUCCACCGCCACCGCCGCCGAUCCGGCUCCUCCUCACUCGCCCGCCACUCGCGCCCCGCGCAGCUCGGCAGAGCGAUCCGCCGCGAUCGCCCGGGGCCUCGCCGGCUGCCCCGGCCCGCGUGCCCUCCCUGCACCCCGCCUCCCUUCUCCUCCCCUCCCCUCCCUACGCGGCCCUCCCCGCCCGCUCGCUCUCCCUGGCCGGCCUGCCCGCCGCCGGCCCUCCGCAGUCCGGGCUCGGCGCCCCCUCGCCCCGCAGCCACGAUGCCCGCGGCCCGGCCGCCCCACGCGGGACUCGGCGGCACCGCGCUGCUCCUCGCGCUGCUCCUGGGGCGCCCGGCCGCAGCCACGCAGGGAGGUGGGACCUACAGACCCCCAGUGCAGACACUGGCCCUGGGCAGAUGGCGAAGCCACCUGUAGCAGGUGUCCCCACCCCAGUGUGGACAGGUCAGCAUGGAGGCUCCUGGCAGGAGCCUGACAUAUCUCAAGAUGUGUCAACAUUGCCAUUCUUAGCUGGGGCAGCUCUGGCUGGCUGGAAGUCCACACAAAAGCAUGCACUGGAGGCAGUGCCUACUGGCUUCCGGCAUGCACUGGGACAGCCCGAUGGCGGCUCUGUGCUGCAAUGCAGAGCAGGCGUUUGGUUCGCCGCUGACACCAUUUCCUCAGGUGGAAAGGAAGAUGGCCGCAGCGACUUCUCAGGGAAAAGUCCUUUAGGUCCCCAGGAAGCGCGGCCGCGCUGCCGUGCACGAGGUGCUGGUCCUGAGGGAGAUACUGGCCCUUCUGACCCCUACCUCCUGCCCCCUGGAGCACCAGAGAGUGGCAGUUUGAGCCAAGAGAGUGGGGAAGCAGCACUGACCAUGGCUGCUCCAAAUCCCGCCCAGUCAGGGGAAGGACUGGAAGAGCUAGAGGUGGAAGGAGCCACAGCAGCCCCCGAGGACCCCGAGAAGGAGGCGGGCCCUGAGCGCACCCUUUUCCCUAGGAAGAACUCGCCUUCCCUGAAGCAGGUGAACUCUGCCAGGAAGCAGCUGAGGCCCAUGGCCAUGUCCACGAUGACCAUUCCGAGGGCAGGGUCCCCCCCAGUGGCUGCCACCAGCCUGGGGCCCCUCUCCCCCUCCACCGAGAAGCCCCACCCACCGGGGGACCCAGAGCCUGCUGUGGCCUCUGAGCUGACACCCAAGCUGCCCCUGUGGCCGGGCAGGAAGGAAGACACAGUCCCCACGACACCCGCACCGCUGCAGAUUGCCCCCUUCACCUCUCAGCUGUACGUAGCUCAGACACUCCCACAGAAGCCCAGCCCUGCAGAGCCCCAGGAGACCCCUGAGGCACCCCUGGAAUAUGUCAGCCCUCUGGCCCUGGAGGACAAGGGUGAGAACAAGCUGACGGGGUCAGCCUCUGAGGAGAGCCAGGAGACCACCACGUCCACCAUCAUCACCACCACGGUCAUCACCACAGAGCAGGCCCCAGCUCUCUGCAGCGUGAGCUUCUCGGGUCCUGAGGGCUACAUCGACUCCAGUGAUCACCCGCCACUGCCCUCCAACAACUUCCUGGAGUGCACCUACAAUGUGACAGUCUACACUGGCUAUGGGGUGGAGCUGCAGGUGAAGAGCGUGAACCUGUCAGAGGGGGAGCUGCUGUCCAUUCGUGGGGUGGAUGGCUCCGCCCUCACCGUCCUGGCCAACCACACGCUCCUGGUGGAGGGCCAGGUGGUCCGCAGCCCCACCAACAGCAUCUCCGUGUACUUCCGCACCUUCCAGGACGAAGGCCUGGGCACCUUCCAGCUGCACUACCAGGCCUUCAUGCUGAGCUGCAGCUUCCCCCGUCGGCCCGAGGCGGGGGACGUGACGGUGAUGGACCUGCACGCCGGCGGCCUGGCCCACUUCCACUGCCACCUGGGCUACGAGCUGCAGGGCGCCAAGACGCUGACCUGCAUGAACGCCUCCAAACCCCACUGGAGCAGCCCCGAGCCAGUCUGCUCAGCCCCCUGUGGAGGAGCCGUGCACAACGCCACCGUGGGCCGCGUCCUCUCGCCCAGCUCCCCAGGGCGCGGUGGGACCCAGCUGUGUGUGUGGACCGUCGAGGCACCUGAGGGCCAGAAGCUGCACCUGCACUUUGAGAGGCUGGCACUGCUUGGGAGGGACAGGAUGGUGGUGUACAGCGGGCUGAACAACGCGUCGGUGCUCCUGUACGACUCCCUGCGCACCGAAAGCGUGCCUUUCGAGGGCCUGCUGAGCGAGCACAGCGCCAUCCGCAUCGAGUUCUCAUCCCCGCAGGGCCCGGUCGCCUCCACCUUCAACAUCCGCUUCGAGGCCUUUGAGAAGGGCCACUGCUACGAGCCGUACAUCCAGAACGGAAACUUCACCACCUCCGACCCCACCUACAACGUGGGCGCCGUGGUGGAGUUCACCUGCGACCCCGGCCACUCGCUGGAGCAGGGCCCGGCCACCAUCGAGUGCAUCAACGCGCGGGACCCCUACUGGAACGACACGGAGCCCCUGUGCAGAGCCAUGUGUGGUGGGGAGCUCACAGCAGUGGCUGGGGUCGUGCUUUCCCCGAACUGGCCGGAGCCCUACGUGGAGGGCGAGGACUGUGUGUGGAGGAUCCACGUGGGGGAGGAGAAGCGCAUCUUCCUCGACGUUCAGUUCCUGAACUUGAGCCACAGCGACAUCCUCACAGUGUAUGACGGCGACGCGUCCAGCCCGCACAUCCUCGGGCAGUACCUGGGCAGCAGCGGCCCGCAGAGGCUCUACUCGUCCACUCCUGACCUCACCAUCCAGUUCCACGCCGACCCCGCCGGCCUCGUCUUCGGGAAGGGCCAGGGAUUCAUCAUGAACUAUGUGGAGGUAUCCCGGAACGACUCGUGCUCCGACCUGCCGGAGAUCCAGAACGGCUGGAAGACCACGUCCCACUCGGAGCUGGUGCGCGGCGCCCGCGUCACCUACCAGUGCGACCCGGGCUACGACAUCGUGGGCAGCGACACCCUCGCCUGUCAGUGGGACCUGAGCUGGAGCGGCGACCCCCCAUUCUGCGAGAAGAUCAUGUACUGCACAGACCCUGGAGAAGUCGAGCACUCUACCCGCUUGAUCUCAGACCCUGUGCUGCUGGUGGGCGCCACCAUCCAGUACGCCUGCAAUCCCGGCUUCGUGCUGGAGGGGAGCUCCCUGCUCACCUGCUACAGCCGUGAAACAGGGACCCCCAUCUGGACAUCUCGGCUGCCCCGCUGUGUCUCGGAGGAGUCCCUGGCGUGCGACAACCCAGGGCUGCCUGAGAAUGGGUACCAGAUCCUGUACAAGCGCCUCUACCUGCCUGGAGAGUUCCUGACCUUCAUGUGCUAUGAGGGCUUCGAGCUCGUAGGCGAGGUGACCAUCCGCUGCAUCCUGGGGCAGCCAUCCCACUGGAACGGGCCCCUGCCUGUCUGCAAAGUGAAUCAAGACAGUUUUGAACAUGCUUUAGAAGUAGCAGAAGCCGCAGCCGAGUCGUCGCUGGAAGGUGGGAACAUGGCACUGGCCAUCUUCAUCCCGGUCCUAGUCAUCUCCUUACUGCUGGGCGGGGCCUACGUUUACGUCACACGGUGCCGCUACUACUCCAGCCUCCGCCUGCCGCUCAUGUAUGCACACCCCUACAGCCAGAUCACUGUGGAGACGGAGUUCGACAACCCCAUCUAUGAGACUGGGGAAACCAGGGAGUACGAGGUUUCUAUCUAA